GUGAAUUUUCCUUCUUUGAAAGAAUUUGACUUUAUGGAAUUACUGAACGUUAAAUGUUGCCAACAGUCAGAAAAAUUACGAUUCUGGCAUUACAAACAUAUGAAUGUAAUUAAUUGUUCUAUGCAAUUGCUGUCACUUGACAGUUUAAUUUCGUUUUAGUUCAAGUUACGUUCAAUUUCAAGUUUUGUUCAAUUUCUUUUCAAGAAAUGUGUUUAUCAUGGUUUCUGGUGAAGAUUGUUCAUGUACCGAUGCAACAGAAUCUUCGAACAUAACAUCUUUGCAGUCGGACCCUAUUUAUUUGACUAAUGCCAAUGUCAAAGAACCUCUUUACGAUAUUGCGACGAGAGAGCACAAUACUUUUCAACAAUUUAAUUUUAAAGACUGUAAAUGUCGAGAGAUACAUCACGGAGCAACGCCGGAACAGUGUGCAGUAAUAACGGGAACAAUACAGGAAUCGUACAAGAAAGAUUCACCGAAAGAUAAAUGUUCGAAGGAACCAUCGUCAAAGCCAUGUUUAUGUCACGCUCACAAGAUAGCUUAUACUUUACCUUUGAAGUGCAGAACUGAUAGAUCAGGGCUAUUUUCGUGUCCUUUUAAAUGGCGAUGGCGAAGAAAGGAAAGAAAAGAUAAAACGUACGAAGUGAAAUUAACACCGAAAAAAUGUCCCCAUUAUGCGGAGGUAGAUUACAAUAUACACAUUAGUAGAAUAACAUUACUUUAUUUUUCCUUUUAUUAUUAAGUACGAACAUUAAAUAUAAAAAGUAUACAAACAAUUAUUAUACUUAAUGUGGAUAACAAUGCACUUCGUUUAGCCCUUCAUGUGCUGCGAAAUAUCAGAAGGGAUACCAAGUAAAAAGAAAACACCACCAAAGCCCGAAGAGAGAAAGGUAGAAGUAACAGAGAAAAUUGACAUCUAUUACUUCGACCAUGGGAAUUCUGCGUAGGUACAACCACAUAUUUCAGUAGAUGUCUUUUCGUCACUUAUGAUUUGUUUUUUUUAUUAUGCAGGCAAAUAUGCUCGUACAUAAUCGUUCGAUCUUACAGUACCUAACA